AAUGGCCUUAGCAGGAAGGGGCGAGGGCGGCACCCAGGAAGUUGCAUCUCCCAACCACCCAGCUAGACCUUUCUGCUCCCUUCGGGAGGAGGGUCGGGGGUCUCACAACACGCUUCCCCCAGACUCGCACUCGCUGCUCAAUUUCACCACCGCCAUGUCCCGGCCUGGUCUCGGGGAGCCGCGGUUCAUUUUCGUGAGCUACGUAGACGACACGCAGUUCGUGCGCUUCGACAGUGUCGAGGAGAAUCCGAGAGUGGAGCCCUGUGCCGAGUGGAUGGAGCAGGAGGAGCCUGAAUAUUGGGAGCUACAGACCCAGACAGCCAGGACUCAAGCACAACAAUCUGGGGGAAGCCUGAUGAUCCUGCUUCGCCGUUUCAACCAGAGCGAGGACGACUCUCACACACUGCAGGGGAUGCAGGGCUGCGACAUGGGACCAGAUGGGCGCCUGCUCCGCUGGUACAACACGAUGGCCUAUGAUGGCAUGUAUUUCUUCACCUGGGACGAGGACCUGAACUCCCAGACAAUGACCACCAGCACUAUAGCUCAGAUCUCGCAGCAGAAGUUAGAGGCCCAUCUGAAGGCUGGCAACUGCGUGGAGCUGCUGCAGAAACACCUGGAAAAGGGGAAGGACACAGUGCUGCGCUCAGACCCACCAAAGACACAUGUGACCCAUCACCCCAUACUGAAUGGAGAAGUCACCCUGAGGUGCUGGGCCCUGGGUUUCUACCCUGCUGAGAUCUCCAUGACCUGGCAGUUGGAUGGGGAAGACUUGAUCCAGGAAAUGGAGUUUGUAGAGACCAGACCUUCUGGGGAUGGAACCUUCCAGAAGUGGGCAGCUGUGGUGGUGCCUUCUGAGGUGGAACAGAGAUACACAUGCCAUGUGCAUCAUGAGGGCCUGCCUGAGCCCCUCACCCUGAGAUGGGAGCCUGCUUGGUACAAGAAAUUCAGCAUAAAUGACUCGUUUGUGAUUCUUAUCAUCAUCAUCAUCAUCAUCAUCAUCCCCCGCCUCCUCUGCCGCCUCCUCAUCUUCAUCCUCAGAGCUCCGGUGUUUUGCAUGGGUGGGAGAGAAAGGAGCACCACUCAGGAAGCAAGGAAGUGUGGCAGGGACAGUCGCCAGGACUCUAGCGAGAUUGCUGUGGAUAAUGAGGAGACGAUGCCUUGGUUUUGGAGGACUGAGCACUAUGAGGAUCAUGCAGGCCAUGUCAGACGUUUUUAGACCAAUCGAUUUCUCACCCUAAAAAGGGUUUCUCUGUGAAACAGCCCUGGCUGUCCUAAACUCACUCUGUAGACAAGGCUGGCCUCCAACUCAGGAAGAUCUACCUACCUCUGCCUCCCAAGUGCUGGGAUUAAAGGCAUAUGCCAUCACCACCUGGCUCAGAAUGGAAUCUUUUGUUUUGAUUCCCAUCAGGCAUCUUCAUGGUCAACUUGACUGAACUAAGAAUCACCUAGGAGCCGCCCCCUGGGUGUGUCUGUGAGGGUGUUUCUAGCCAGGUUUAACUGAGGAGGAAAGAGAUCCUUUAACUGUAAGGUGGCUCCACUCAUCAGCUGGAGUCUCAGGACAAAGGCAGCAGCACACUGGAGCCCCUUCCUGUUUCCUGACCAGGACAUGAGCAGGCCAUCUCUCAACACUGUGAACAGAGGUGGGCCCACUUUCCGGUCUUGAAGACCUGAUACCUGUCUCUUCCCUAAGUGGCUUCCCAUCAGGUAUUUUGUCACAGCAUCAAGGGCACAGGGUUGGACACAAAGCUCCAUCCUCUCACCCACAGCUCCCUGAGUAGCACCCCCUAAUCCUUUACUCAGGCCAAAUUGGGAUCUAAGGCUUUGGUGCAGAAAAGAAUUGUGGACUAGUAGAGUUGGGGUUUAAUAAACAUCUUUUCUAUCUUCUUA